AUGGUUGGGAAGCAAAGCAUGUUUGUUCAUGUUUGCUUGGAGGUGGAUUUAACCAAGCCUUUGAAGAGGUGCCUAAUCCUUGGAGAUGACCCUAAGGAAACCCGUAUUUAUAUUAGUUAUGAGGCCCAUUUUGCAAUAUGUUUUUACUUUAGCCAAAAGAAGGAACCAGGUCAUGUGUGCCCUAUCAAAAUCUCUAAUAAGAACUAUCUCCAAGUGGAGAGGUUGAACAAUGAGCCUAACUUCUUUCUCAGAGACUUAAUUCUGGAUGAAGAGGACCAAAGGAAGCUGCAGGAGGACAUGAUCCUUGUCUUCCCUUAG